AUGCCUGCUGCAUCCACCGCAUUGCAUUACAUUGCUUUGGCGCCGGAGUUGCAAAUGGAAUGGGCACGCACUGAUUUGCACGACUUGGCCAUUGAUCUGUUUUUGUCCCGGGCCUUGAAGCUGAAGGACUUUGAGCCGCUGCCGGAAACUCUGCCUGCAGAUCAACAACCUGAACUUUUGGCGCCAGCCCUCAAUGUGGGAACCGUGGAUGGCCUGAACCUCCAGCUGCCGCAGAGCUUGGCUGCAAAGUGGGGCUCCAGCUCCUUCAAGGAUGACUGGGAAGCACUUCUUGAAGAAAUGAACGCAGUCAUCCCUGUGAAGGACAAUGUUGACCGGCCGAGCAAGCGCUUGCGCACCAGCAAUGCCGUGGACCUCGUGGAGAACCCUGCUGGUGCGACCAAAUUUGAGUUCAUUCAUGUGGCGGAGCUCGACAUGACAAAGGUGCUGAUUCAAGCGAGUUGCAGCAACAAGCUGAAAGGCCUGAGUUUCCAGCUGUUUCCCAGCAACCGCUUGAUGCUUGUGAACACUACUCCCGCUCCUAUUCCCGUGGUUGGGUACCACAUCCUUAUCGAACAUCCUCAGGGGCAGCAUGGGCCUGGCGACUUCACCGUCGAGGUGAAGCACCAAGUUGCAUGGCGGGCAGAGAAGAUGACAGUUGAAGGAGGUAUGGACUGGCCUGAUGGCGUGCCUGAUCUCGCCGAGUACAUGUACCAGAUGGAAAGCCCCUUUUGUGGCACUAAGCCAUGGGUGGCCCUCAGCGAUCGCACCUCGGAUGUGCGCAUGGAGAGUCUGCUGAGAUGGAUGGCCAACUACGAGAUUCAUUUCGCGGGUGACAGAGAUGUCAUUUGCUUUGAAGAGCUGGUCUUUCAAGUGCGAGAAUAUUCUAUAAGCCAAAGCGGGCCGUGGAUGGCAGAGGUUGAACUCUGGGGCGUUUGGGAGCAAGAGCAGAUGUGCGUCAGGUUCAAGCUGACAAAGGAUCACUUUGGCACCGACUCGGCUGAACAAUGA